AUGGGUAUCUUCACAGGUGAGGAAGAUAUUAGAUCUAAUAUUGUCAGAUCCCACGAAGAGAGGAUGGAAGAGAUUGAAAAUAGUCAGUCGUGGGCUGAGGCUAUGGUUUUGUUAUCUGCUGGAGGCACAGCCCUUUCAACCCUCCUCAGCGCUCCGAUAUUCUAUCUUUCUCAUUCAUAUUCGGCAUACAAGGUAUUUGCUCAUGAGAGUCACGCUAUGUUUUCAAAUACGAAUGAUGUAAUUGAGACGAAAAGAAAGGAAUGUAGGUUUCUGGAAGUGGUUGUUAAUGAGGCACUAGGGAUAGCGUCUCCUGUGCCAGGGAAGCUCUGGAGGGAUAUUGACUAUUCGGAAGAGAGAUCAGGAGCCGAUGAGAAAACCAGCGAGAAGCUCUAA